UAAAGAUGCCUACAAAAGGGAAUCGCCGAUAGUGUCAAUUCAAACAACAACGUUCGUUUCCAGGCUGUACGUGAAAAUUAAUUUGCUGAAGAACUAAAUGGUUUCAAAUUGUUGAUUUAUGAAAACGAAUGCGAACAGAUAACACAUCAUAAUGCCGGUGGAGCACACAAAUAUAAAAGUGGCGGUUCGCGUCAGACCAUAUAAUUCGAAGGAAUUGGAACAUCAGCAGCGCAGUAUUAUCAAGGUUAUGGAUAGAUCGGCGCUGCUAUUCGAUCCUGACGAAGAAGACGAUGAGUUCUUCUUCCACGGCACCAAACAGAAUUACCGCGACAUCACCAAGCGUAUGAACAAAAAGCUGACUAUGGAAUUCGAUCGCGUGUUCGACAUAGACAACACAAAUCAGGAUCUCUUUGAGGAGUGUACGGCGCCGCUGGUCGACGCGGUGCUCAAUGGGUACAACUGCUCCGUGUUUGUGUAUGGCGCGACAGGAGCUGGGAAGACAUUUACCAUGCUGGGCAGCGAAGCCACUCCCGGCAUAACGUUUCUGACCAUGCGCGACUUGUUCGAGAAGAUCCAGGCACAAAGUGAUUUGAGGAAAUUUGAUGUGGGCGUCUCAUACCUGGAGGUAUACAACGAACAUGUGAUGAAUCUGCUCACAAAGUCGGGUCCACUAAAACUACGCGAGGACUCCAACGGUGUGGUUGUGAGCGGGCUGAGACUGACGCCCAUCUACAGCGCCGAAGAACUGCUGAGGAUGCUGGCCCUGGGAAACUCGCAUCGAACCCAACACCCCACCGAUGCCAACGCGGAGAGUUCGCGCUCCCACGCCAUCUUCCAGGUGCACAUACGCAUCACGGAUCGCAAAACUGACACAAAACGAACGGUCAAGCUGUCGAUGAUUGAUUUGGCGGGCAGUGAACGAGCAGCCAGCACCAAGGGCAUUGGUGUGCGCUUCAAGGAGGGUGCCAGUAUCAACAAGAGUCUCCUGGCGCUGGGUAACUGCAUCAACAAGUUGGCCGAUGGCCUCAAGCACAUACCCUACCGAGACUCGAACCUGACACGCAUCCUUAAAGACUCUCUCGGCGGCAACUGCCGCACCCUGAUGGUGGCCAACGUGUCGAUGAGCUCCCUUACAUACGAGGACACCUACAACACAUUGAAGUACGCGAGUCGUGCGAAGAAGAUCCGAACCACAUUGAAGCAGAACGUGCUCAAGUCGAAAAUGCCCACAGAGUUCUAUGUGAAGAAGAUCGACGAGGUAACGGCCGAGAACGAGCGAUUGAAGGAGCGCAACAAGGCGUUGGAGGCAAAGGUAGCCCAGCUGGAGCGCGGUGGCAGCAAUGGUUACGAUCCCCAGGAGCUGAAGUCAUGGUACAGCAAGAUAGAUGCUGUAUAUGCCACUGCAAAGACGAUCCAGGAGUGCGGUAUUGGCAUAAAGAGUAAGAUUAAGAUUAUAAAUUACCGUCAGACGCUGAAAAAGGAUUUUGAAGAAUUUAGGAAGAUGUUGUCACAGGACCAACGGACGUGUCAAGAGGACUACCGCCGCUUUAAUAACUAUAUAAGUACACUGGCCAAUCAAAACGAUAAAUACACAGAGGAGCUGCCGAGCUGGCAAGCCAAAGUGCAGCACGCCCACCGGGAAGUUGAGAGUUUAAAGCGUGAAGUCAAUCAAUCGAAGCUUCAGCAAGUCCUUGGCCUGUAUAUAAAGAGCAAGGAUCUCGAACUGCAGAUGGCAAAGCAGAAUAUAUCCAAAAAUCACCUAUACGCGAUCAACCGCGAGCUGGUGGAGAACUCGGACCUUAUACGCAAAUCCUUUACCACGGCCUGUGAUGUGCUGAGCCAGUUGUACGACCGUCUGGAGGCUUCGGAGAAGCUGACGCCAGAGGUUCAGGCAUUGUACGAUCGCCUGCAGCGAAAAAUGCGAUUCGCUGAAUCUGAGGUCAACACUUUGGAGCUCGAGACUGACGAGACUGAAAAAAUUGGGAACAAGCGUUUUCUGGGCAGCGAAGAGGACGAAGAACAGGCAGAUACACUCACAGCCAGCGCGAUGAAGCGACAGUUUGUGCGGAAAGCACAAAUUGAUGAUGAUCUCCAUUUGAGUGUGGACAGUUCGGACAGCCUGGAAACAGACUCAGACUCUGACGAAGCGCACAAGACAUUCAAGAAGCCGCGUACUCUCGACCAGACGCAAAUCCUGGGCACCACCUUCAAUGCUCUGACAUCGACGGUCACUAAACAGCGAAAAGUCCAUCAGCGCAUUGUGACGGACUUGCUGUCCGAACAAAAUGUGCGCGGUGGCAACGACAAGAUCAAGCAAGUUUUGCUUAAAUCUAACAACUUUACCACCCAAGGACUACAGCGAACCCUGGCCGCUGCCUCAAUAGCCAAGGAAAAUGUAAAAUUCAACGGAAAUUAUGUGCGCAAGAGCCCGCGCGCCCUUGUGGCAAAGGCAUUAGGGGGAAGUUCAACGUUAACGCGCAAACCACUGGGAACGGGCACUAAGGAUCCGCCGCUUGUUAAGUUCAAUCGGGCCGCAUCGUUUCGCUUGAAAAAAUGAAGUGAGGAGAGGAGGGACGAAACGGGACGGGGCACUGUAAACAUUAGUUUUAGUUUUUGUUCGCUUUUAUUAUUUAACGAUUUGUUCUGUUGUGGGAUUCGAAACCAAUUCAAUACCCACGGAACAUCCGAACACUAACUCAUCCAAAUUCAGAAGCAAAAACCAUUUUCGAUUUGAGUUCUUUAUUCAAACUGAAACACUGAAUACCUUAAAUAUAUUUAUGUACGUUUAUUUAUAUGUAAGUUGUGUGAAAACUGCGUAACGCGCUUUAUCUAAAAAUAUAUGGCCGAUUCCUUGCCAUCA